AAUAUACUAGUAGAAUUUUUUUUUGUUAUGCGGUGAGAAUUCGAUUUCUGCUAGUAUCAGUUGAAUUCGUUUUAGUAUUGCUACGUAACCAAGCUAGUACUUGUCAAUUGGCAUAGUUUACGGUAACAAAUUUGAAUACAACUCCAUUGUCAACAUAAUUUAUAUCGAAGUAAAAUUGUGUAAAAAAUAAACAAGUGAAAACAUAUGUUAAUUAAAGGAAUAAAACUAAAAUUUUAUAUUAAGUAAUAAAACUAUAUUCAUUUCCCAUCAUUUACAAAAUGUAUUAUACUUAUGUAAAACUAAUGUAAAAGUACGAUUUCAAAUCAUUAGUAUAAUUUAACGAUGUUCAAAGUAGUUACAAAACGUUUCAAAUUUUGGCCUUAUCUGUGAUAUUGUAAUCCUUUGUUGGUGUGUGAUGUGAGCACAUGAUACGUGGUUGAUUGUGAAGAUGAUCAUCAUAUUUGGCAUUUCUUGGUGCAUGUUCCAUCCAUCUGAUCAGUGAUCAAAAUACACACUCAACUCCAUUAUGUGCUUUACCUUAGCAACUUUUGUGGACUGUUAAGUGUUUGAAGAUGAACUCCGUUAAAGCAUUAGCGGAAUCGCCUGAUCUCAGUUGCAUUCCUUCAAUCUACAUAAACUCUGCAAACUCAACCGAGCCACCUGCUUCAGAUCUUCAAGAUGCAAUCCCCACUAUUGAUUUUUCCUUGCUCACUUCUGAUAAUCCUAAACUACGGUCCCAAGUGAUCCAGGAACUCUAUUUCGCAUGCAAAGAUUGGGGUUUUUUCCGGGUGAUUAAUCAUAGUGUCACUGAGAGUUUGAUGAACAUGGUGAUUGAAAAAUCAAAAGAAUUUUUUGAUUUGAGAGAUGAAGAGAAGAAAGAGUUUGAAGAAAAUGGUGUUCUUGAUCCAAUUAGAUAUGGAACAAGCUUUAAUUCUAAGAAGGAUGAAAUCUUUUACUGGAGAGAUUAUCUCAAGAUUAUUGUACACCCGGAGUUUAACUGCCCAAACAAGCCCUUAGGUCUCAGGGAAGUCCUAUUAGAGUAUUCGAAAAGAACUAGAGAAGUAGUAAAAGGGUUACUGAGUGGCAUAUCAACGAGCCUAGGACUCGACCAAUGUUAUGUAGAAAAAGCUUUGAAAUUGGAAUCCGGUUUGCAAAUAUUGGUGGCCAAUCUUUACCCCCCUUGCCCACAACCGGAACUUGCAAUCGGGUUCCCACCUCAUUCGGACCAUGGCCUGCUCACACUCUUGAUCAACAAUGGCGUAGGUGGACUUCAAAUCAAGCACAAGGGAAAAUGGGUCAAUGUGAAUAACGAUCUUCCAAACUCGUUUCUUGUCAAUACUGCUGAUCAACUUGAGAUUUUUAGUAAUGGGAAGUUUAAGAGUGUGGAGCAUCGUGCUAUCGUGAAUAAUGCGGUCACAAGAUUAUCGGUUGUUGUGGCAAAUGGACCAUCAUUGGAUGCAGUGGUGGAGCCAGCUUAUAAGUUGGUGACCGAGGAAAGAUGUCCGUCGGCAUAUAAUCCGAUGAAGUACAAGGAGUAUCUUGAAAUGCAACAAGGCAACCAAAUAAUCGGGAAAACUUGUUUGGACAGGGUUCGGGUAUGAAGAACCAAGUUGUAUGUUUAUCAUUAUAUAUGAUGCCCAUGUGACUAACUAUCAAUUACAAAAAUCAUUUUUCUUAAAAAAUAAUUUAUAUCA